AUGGCCUCAAACCAAGAGCAAUUGAUUCAGCAGGCGUUAAAUGACCUAGAUAUAGGUGCUGAGAAGUCAAUUCGCAAGGUAGCUGCCAAAUACAGGGUUUCAAAAACGACUGUGGCUUACCGACGCAGAGGUCGCAACCCACGUACGCAAGCCAAUCGCAGGACUCAACGCCUAUCCCUAGAAGAAGAAAAAACUCUAAUUCAGUGGAUUCGAGAUCUACAGCGGCAGAAUCUAUGCCCAAAUUACCCUAGAAUUCGCUCUUUUGUGUACGAAAUCCUGCGAAAUCGAGGCGAUUCGCGGCCCCUGGGCAAGAACUAUGUAUCUCGCUUCAUUUCUCGCCAUUCAGAGCUUCGAACAAGCAGAUCUCGAGCUAUGGAUAUUAAGCGCCUCUCUGCGCUUGAUCCUACGGUUAUAGAGAGCUUCUUCUCUGAAUUUGAACAGCUCCGAAGUCAGUAUGGCGUCGAAAUAGAGAAUAUCUGGAAUAUGGAUGAAACAGGCUUUCAAAUGGGUCAAACAACAAGCAAUUUUGUGGCCUAUGACGCCUCUAUAGGGCGCCCUGUUGCUCCGCAGCCAGAUAAUACGCAAUGGGUCACAAUUAUUGAGUGUAUCUCAUAUCACCGCGCCCUAAAGCCCUAUCUCAUCUUUUGUGGCAAGGCACCAGAGCUACAUAUGUUCCCUGCUAUUGAUGAGCUACCUGACAUUAUUUGGGCCUUCUCUCUAAAGGGAUGGACUGAUAAUGAGCUUGGUAUUGAUUGGCUAAGGCGGAUAUUUAUUCCACAGAGGCCUAUAGGCAAGCAUUCUAUUCUGAUUCUUGAUGGCCAUGACAGUCAUUCUACAGGCCUAUUUCAGUAUCUCUGCCUUCAAAACGACAUCCAUCCACUCUAUCUACCAGCUCAUGCCUCUCAUAAGCUUCAACCACUCGAUUUAGGACCCUUUUCGCCUCUCAAAGCAGCAUAUGGCCAAUUAGUACAAAGAUUUGCACUAACAGGCCUUGCAACACUCAACCGCAGAGUAUUUACCAAGCUCUAUAUUGAAGCACGUCAAACUACAUUUACUGAGCGAAAUAUUCGUGCUGGAUGGCAUCGUACAGGAAUUUGGCCUCUAAAUAAGCAAAAACUACUCAAUGACCCUGAAAUUCGAAAUUUUGGACGUACUACGCCUGAGUAUCAACCCCCAGCUACGUCAGAUGGUCUCUAUAGCACUCCAAAGCAGAGUGACAAUUUACGCGCACUAAUUCGUCAAAUUGAGGCCAAAACAACGCCUCAAACAAGACGCGCUGUACGAAAGCUUGGCCACAGCGCUAUUCAAGAGCAUACUGGCGCUCAAUUGCUUCGAACGCAGCUCCGAGAGCUACGUCAAUUGGCUUUGAAGCAAGAGCUUACCAAACGCUCAAAAAGGAUACAAAAAGAGACAAAGCAGCGGUCGUGGAAUCUCGAACAGGUCAGGGCUGCUCUAGCGCCUAAAAAGGUCCAUUUCGUACGCAAGGAGGGCGGCGAAAAGCGAAUUCUGCGCUACGAUAUUGAAAUGGCAAGCAAGCGUCGCAGAGACGUCGCGACCCUAGACACCCAACUGAUAGAGAUUUAUGAUGAUCUGGCGAACGAGCAUGAGGAGAUUCGCUUAAGAGCUGCCCAUACGCUUCUGUCGAAAUUUGCCUCACUAGAUUCCAACUCCGAACAAAAAAUAAAGACAAUACUACAACGUCUCUUCAGAGGCUUAUGUAGCAGCCGCAAAGCAGCUCGGCUUGGAUUUUCCAUUGCUCUGACCGAGUUCCUCGCACAAAUCUUUCAGUCUCCAGUCGAGCAGCCAGGUUUGGCGCGAAGUGAUAUUUUGGAUAUACUCGACAAGCAGACCUCCCCCGAGGGUUCUACAUCAGGCCAGGAUGAGCGAGAUCACUACUUCGGCCGGGUUUUUGGUGCCGAAGCGAUUGUGAAAUCAUGCAUUCUCUUUAGGCCUCACCCUUCUUUGCCGUUAUGGCGGGAUUUGCUGCAAUUCAGCUGCGACCUUGCACUCAAGAAGCCAUGGUUACGGCAAGAGUGUGGCUGGCUGUUGUUCACUUCACUCAGCUAUCUUCGAGCUUCAAGCCUUGACGCAGAGUUUGCAGUAGCCAUUAUUGAGUCGCUGAAAGCUAAUAGUCUAGUCCGCACCCCAGAAGGGGUGGCAAUCUGGCUUGAGAUCGAAACAUGCUUCGCAGAUGCCACGUUGCCUAAAGGUGUUUGGAAGCAUCGCGAUCCCUUGUGCAAAGGGGAAGCCGCUUUACUCUCAGAUGUUAUGAAGCAUGCCAAAGCCAAGCAGCUGACUGACUCUGGCGAAUCUGCUACAUCACAAGGCGCAGCGACUUGGAGCCAACAACUCCACUUUUCGUGGGAUGUGAUACUCAGCAAUCUGUUUCUUCCUGCUGAUCAAAAUGCAAAAGUCUCGUCCAAGCGGAUCACGUUUGCGCAGUUCUGGACGGAUGUCGUCGACAAAAGUCUUCUUUUACCUAGCAGUAGCCCGGAGCGAAAGCAUUGGGGCUUGCUACUCCUUGCUAAAGCUGUGGCCACUUCACCGUCCGAAUAUCUCAAGAAUAUCUUUACACCAAAUACGGCACUAGUCUGGGCUCAUCAUCUCGGGAUGGAUGAGCGGUAUCUACACAGAAGCGCCAAAAAGGCCGUACAAGCACUACAAGCUCGGGCGAAUCGAGACCCUAGCAUUGUCUCACCCGCAAUUCAAGGUCUUGUACUUACGGCUUCAGGCUUGUAUAACUUUGACACCAUAACGAAGACCAAAACAAUCGUUAAACUCCUGUCAGUGGCAGACUUGUCCUCACUGGAGGAUCUUGUUCCAGCAGUCUGUGAGGUCAUAGAGCAAACAGAGGCUACUGAUGAAAAGCAAGCCGAUGCCAAAAGAAGAUCAUUCGCUGACAUUCUUGUAUCAAUAUGCGCUCGGACAGUCGUCCUGGUCAAUGGGAAGAAUGAGGAUCCCAAUCCAGUGGCUGAGAUGGUUCUAGAUACUUUGAUCGGACUUGCCUAUUCGAACAAGUCGCUGCGUCCGGGCUGUAGAAUGUUUAAGCCCCUACCAAGUUUUGAAUGCAGAAAAUACUUACGGUCGCGCAUUAAAACGUGCUUAGAUCAGAGCUCGCAGCAUCGCGCCAUGAAACUCUGGUUGCUCAGACAUACCAUUCAUCGCCUCAAGGACGUCCAUGAGCAAGCAGAUCAUGAACAUGCGAUUGUUGAGUUCGAUGAAAAGACCGAGAAAAUCGUUGAAAAGGCGUGGAAAAGACUCAGAAAGGUCGCUAAGACUACCUCGGAAGCAAGCAUCCAAUCUAGCAAGGCACCGGCAACUGAACUCCUCGAGAUGCUCUACGGCUUAGCAAUACUGCAGGUCUAUGAUGGAGACACCGAUGCACCUGGAAUACUGCAGGACCUCAAUGACUACCAACACAGCCUUCGUCGACAUUCAUCUGACCACAAUCAAACAGGAGAUUCAGAUCCCAUGCUCGAAAUUCUGUUAAGCUUUGCAUCUAAGCCUUUACGAUUCUUCCACCAGGCAGGUUUGCAAGCCUUUCAGGCCUUUUCAAGCCAGAUUUCACGCCAGGGACUACAGUCUCUGAUACGAGUAUUGGAGACGAAAGAAAGCUCCUCAGGAACACAGGAUAUUUUCGAUUUCGACGAGGGUGCUAAUCAUCCACUGGGAGACGUCGAACAUGAUCAAAGCAAUGGCCAUAUCUCCAGCUCUACUACAUCAGAUGCAGAAUUGCUCGAUUCUGAUGUGGAGCAAAUUUCUGCAAAGAGUUCAUCAAUCGGGGAGGGCUCGGAUGAAGGAAUUGAAGACGAUCAAGCUGAGCUGGAGGCUUUUGAUGCUAAGCUUGCAGCUGCUCUGGGAACCCGCAAGGGGCGGGACGAUGUCGAUGCAGAAGACACCGAAGGCUCAGAUGAGGACAUGUAUGAAGAAGACAUGGACGAACAGGAGAUGGAAGCAUUAGAUGAGAAACUCGCCGAGGUAUUUAGAGCACAGAAACCCACAACUAACAAGAAGCAAGAGCGGAAGGACACGAAAGAAGCAGUCAUAAACUUCAAGAGGAGGGUCUUGGACCUGGUCGAAGUAUAUUUGAAAGAAGAACAAUUGAAUCCGCUUGCGCUGGAUCUGGUGCUACCACUGAUCAGAACUGCAAGAACGACUAGUGCGAAGCAGAUCUCGAAUCGAGCCCAUGACGUCUUGCAAGGCUUCUAUUCCAGAUGCAAGGGAAGCAACGUGCCAGUGAUUGAUGAUGGCGGCGGUGCUGUCAAUGAAGUCCUGACUUAUCUCAAAUUGGUCCACGAAGAAGCAGGACGGGACAACUCUGGUGCACAUGCCGCCGCUUGCAGUCGAGCAAGUAUUCUGCUGGUCAAGGUUCUGAUGAAAGCACAGGUCAACGUGGGGAUGAUGGUCGAUGUCUAUGCGGAGACAAGGAAAAGGCAGCUGUUGGAUCCGAACUGCAUGGUACAGCCGAUAUUUUUCACCGAGUGGAACAACUGGUGCGUCACUGCGAGAGAUCAACUGGCGAGUUGA